AUGUAUACUAAUUAUCUCACGUUGUUUAAACAGCAACCACGCAUUCCCGCAUUUGGGGACUGGGAGAACAGCGAGGACGUCCCUUACACACAGAAGUUCGAGGGCGCACGGAAGAACAAGAAAACAGGCGUUUACUCCAAUCCAAAUGAGCCAGGACAUCAGCAGCCCGACCCCCCUCGCAGGUCACCGCUGAACCCAUCAGCAUAUACACCUGAGCCCCGAGAACAGGCUCCCAGGACUCCAUUACAUGGAAGAAGGUCUGGAGCCGACCCCCAUCACCGUGAACCCGCGCCACGAAGGCAUGCAAAUCCUCCGCGGGAGCAAGGGGGGAACGGUGGCAGCGCGCCCAGAAGCCCUUACAGAAAUGCUGCAGGUUCUGCUUCGCCAAUGCAGUCAAACAGUUCAGCAAAGCCGAGGAACAGGGCAGCUGGAAUGCACACUCCAGAGAGGAGGCCUUCGUCGGAAGCGCAGGGCCAGCAAACUCCUGGAAGGGGCAGGACGAGGCAGAGCAACCAAAGCUACAAUCCUGACGAUGAAGUGGCUGUUCCACCAUUUGGUGAGUGGGAUGAGGCGAACGCGGCAUCAGGCGAAAAGUAUACGGGUAUCUUCAACAGGGUGAGGGAUGAUAAACUAUCGCCCGACUCUUCUGCCAGGCAGCAGUCAUCUGGCAAUCGCAAAGACGAAAAUAAGGUGCAACAGGUAUGUAAAAGCAACUCUUUGAGUAAGCUGUCCUCAGCUUCUGCUACCAUCGGUUUGCUUAUCUUUGCUUGA